AUGUCAUCAGAUUCCUUGUCUUUCCUUACCUGGGGUGCACUUUCGGUCCUCGCCUGGACAAUCUACGGAGCCAUUUGGCGGCUGUAUCUGAGCCCCUUGGCCGCAUUUCCCGGGCCGAAGAUUGUCGCGUUGACCUCGUGGGUGGAGUUUUACCAUGACGUGGUCAAGAAGGGCACAUACAUGUGGGAGAUUGAGAAGAUGCAUCAGAAAUACGGACCGAUUGUUCGUGUGAGCCCGUACGAAUUGCACUGCAUUGAUCCAGACUUCUACAAUGUCAUCUACGCCUCGCUGCCUCAAAAGAGAGACAAGUACGAAAAGUUCACCAAGUCGCCGGACUGCAACAACGCCACCGGUUUUACCGUGGAACAUGCUCACCAUCGUAUGAGACGUGACGCCUUGGCCCCAUUUUUUAGCAAGCGAAACACACUGGGCCUUGAAGAUAGUAUCAAGGCCUGUGUGGAUCAGCUCUGCGCUAACAUCGCCCGCGCUCAUGCCGCCCAGGAGCCAUUCAAUCUUACUUUGGGGUCGAUUGCUACCACCAUGGAUGUCCUCACUAGCUAUAGCUUUGGUCAGCCUUUUGGACUUUUGGCUGACGAGGCUCUUGCUACCCAAUGGCGUGAUACCGUUUUUCACAUUAUGCGGGCCCUUCCUAUCGUCCGUGCCUUCCCGCUGCUAGUGCGACUGGUUGACCUCUUACCCCCGAUCAUCUCCAAGUGGAUCACCCCUGACCUGUCAAUCUUGAUGGGAUGGAAACAGCGUAUCCGCAAGCAAACCGAAGACGUUCUCGCCUAUCGUGGUAUCUACUCUGACCCGGACCGCAAGGCCACCACUGUCAUUGAAGCCCUUCGCGACAGCGACAAGCUGCCUCCGAAAGAAAAAACCCUACAGCGGCUAUCUGAAGAGGGCGCAAUUCUUCUUAUCGCGGGUAGCGAGACCCCGGCCAAGGUCAAUGCGGUCUUGUGGUAUCAUCUUCUGGCAAAUCCUACCAGGCUCCAGCGUUUGCGAACUGAAUUAGCCAGUAUCUAUCCGGACCCCAAACACCCGUUACCGUCUGUGACAGAGCUUGAAAAGCUGCCUUAUCUGAAUGCCUGUAUUCUAGAGGGGCUGCGCCUGCAGAGUGGAGUCUCGGGUCGUUCACAUAGGCUGGCCCCCACAAGUCUCAGCUAUGGUAACUGGACGAUCCCUGCCCGCACACCUCUAAGUUCAAUCUCCGUUUUCCAGCACUACAAUCCUGUGCGCUUCCCUGACCCACAGGCCUUUUUUCCUGAGCGAUGGCUCUUAGAGGACGGAUCGGGGAUCCGCAUGGAUCUGAAGCGCAGCCUCGUGGCUUUUGGGGCGGGAACACGUUACUGCCUUGGAACAUCUCUUGCGUAUGCGGAGUUGUACUUGAUGGCGGCGGCUUUGGCGACGAGGGUUGAUAUGGAGUUGUUUGAGACAACAGUCGAUGAUGUGAAGAUUAUGCUCGAUUGGACGAUUCCCCAGCCGAAACCUGACACUCAGGGUGUCAGGGUCAAGGUACGGGCGGUGCACAUGCAGUAACUGAAUGUUUAGGGCAGAGGCUUAGCAAGAGACUGUUGCCGAAAACGGGUAAUGGCCGUAUUGAUGUAUGGUAAGACACGAGGUGCGGACAACAGCCGAGAAUAAUGAUACCGUACAAUACAAUGCACG